AUGUCAUCGUUAUUCGUUGCUUUUUGUCUCGCUAAAAAUGUUACUGGAAAUGAUAAUUAUAUUACCGGAACUGUCACUAUAAUUCAAUCUGUUCCUGUAUCUUAUUCUGAUGAUAAAUAUACUCUUACCCAAGAAGACCUUCCAAAUUCAUCUCCCUUAUUACUUUACUCAGCUCCUAUAGUACCAAAUUUAUAUAUUCCUGACAAUAAUGGAGGUCGAGAAAGUUUUAUGCUAGCAAGGCGUUUGUAUAAUGGAGUCACUAACAAUAAACAAAUUGACUCUAAAGUUAUCGUAUCAUAUCUAAACAAAAACAAUUGUUAUAAUGCCUUAAAAAAUAAUCUAAAAAGAACUGUCUUAUCUGUCAUAGAACGGUUGAAACUUGGAUCAAAAAAACUUCCACCUAUUCUCGCUUCUGAUAUUGAAUGGACCUAUCCAACUAGUAACCCUCAAACUUCAAAUACUUCAUCUAAAGCUUCUUCCGCUAGGCCUUCUCAUACAGAGUCUACCCAACAAGUUAUCAACGAACCUAACUCGCAAAAUAUGAAUAAAACUCUUACUCCUACUGCAUCUUUUGCAAACGAAACAAACACUUCUAUUAACAAUAAUAUACCCGUUGAACCUACCCACUUUGAUACUCCUAUUCUUCAAGGCAAAAAAUCUGAUACUAAUAAAAAGCGUCUAAGACCACUUCUACCUACAAAAAAAUAA